AUGUGGGUUGCCGGCUUCAAUGCUCUGGACAUGGAAUUCGGCGGUGGCGCCAGCGUGCUCCACGGCACGUGGACCUAUCCCUCUAGUGGGGCGGUCACUUCGCAGGGAGCUCGGGACCGGCGCCUGAAGACGGAGAUCACGCCUCUCCGCAGGACACUGCAAGGUAUGCAGCCACAGGGCGAGAACGCCACGGGGCAGAAAAAGAAAGGUGACGGAGCCUUGUGGAUGCUUCGGCAACUACGCCCGGUGUCCUACUCCUUCAAAGCCGGCUCCGAAUCCAAGUACAUGCGCUUCGGCUUUAUAGCCGAUGAGCUGGAGACGACGGUGCCGCAAGUGGUGCGCAGUGGAGGCACAAAACAAGGUGUGGAGAAUUCCAAGAAGGUACAGAUGUUUGACCUGAUUGCCCUCCUCACCGCGGCCGGGCAGAGCCAGCAAGAGGUCAUCGAGAACCAGGACCAGGUCGAGUCCGAAUUCGAAGCCUUCAAAGCCGAGCUGAAGCUCUUGAAAGAGCUCAAGGAGAAGAAGCGGCAAGCCAAUCGGGCCUUGGCCUGUGGGGCAACUCGCAAGAAGCGCAGACGGCUCUGGUGGCGCUGA